UUGAAACAUAGCAUCUGAGGAGGGCAGUCAUACGCCAUGAAGCGUUCACGCUGCCGGAAAUACGAAAGAAGAAGAAGACGUCACAGGACAUUUGAGUAAAUAUGGCGUCCGUGACAACAGCCACUUCAGAGUGGAUCCAGUUUUUCAAGGAUGCUGGCAUCCCAGCCGGCCUGGCCGUCACCUAUGCAGUUUCAUUUGUGGACAACAGAAUUCAGAAGAACAUGCUGAUGGACCUGAGCAAAGACAUCAUGAUGGACCUCGGCAUCACGGUUGUUGGUGACAUAAUUGCCAUUCUCAAACACGCCAAGCUCGUCCACAGGCAGGACAUGUGCAAAAUGGCCACAGAAGCCAUCUCCUCAGGACAGACCAGUGUGAAAGCAGAGCUCAGAAGAACUGCCAACACUCCAGCUACUCGUAUGAUAGCCAACGCUUUGAGCCAUGACUCCCCACCAGCCACUCCAGUGCGUCGCCCCGACAACUGCCUAUCUGUCACAGUAUCCAAUGUGCAAGCAAGCAAGGGUAACAAAGCAGUUGUCAGUCAGCCAGCAGACGAAGGGAACGUGUUGUCAGCCGCGAAGCACCGGCGUGUGACAGCGGAGAUGGAAGGCAAGUACAUCAUCAACAUGCCCAAAGGCACCACGCCACGCACACGCCGCAUCCUGGCCCAGCAGGCCAAGAAAGGUUUGAAGCGCACAUCAGUGUUUGCGAGACUUGGAGCCGAAUCAAAGGCAGACCCAGCAAUCAACACAAAUAAGCCCACCGGCGUCUUCAGCCGUCUGGACCGAGCAGACGAAGUGGGGGCGGAGCUGAGGAAGAUGACGGUGACCGGGCAGGAAGAAGACAGCGACGGCGAAGGCUCCGUCCUCCAGUACGCCGGCGUCCUCAAAAAGCUGCUGCCCCCCCUGAGGAGCGAGCCUCCCAAAAAAACGGCCCCCACCACCCUGCGGCGCCUGGGUGGCAAAUUCAAACAUCCGACGCCCGACACGCCUACUCCUUCCUCUUCCUCCAAUGGUAUCCCCCCGCCUAAAAUCAGCGUGCUUCAGAGACUGGGUAAGCUCCAGCCCGCCGCCUCCUCUACAGUGUCCCCCCCACCUGCUGAUACGCAAGACAACAGAGUGACGAGCACUCGGCCCAGGGCCAAGCAGAAAGUAAGCACGGCGAGCUGCAAAGUCAGCAGCAGCACAGGAGUCUGCGUUGGAGCGGCGGACUGUGCAGGCGCCCAGAUGGACUGCAAGGCUGUCAGUGUUUUUAAAAGGCUUGGCAGCAAAAACAAGUAACUCAAAUCGCAACAAGGACUCUAAUUUGAUUAAAAAAAGAAAUUGUGUCAGGUUUUUGGUUUUCCUUGUACGGACACUGACACAAACCCAGAUUUUCUUUUUUUUUUUUUUUUAAAUGUUAUUUUUAAUUUUGCUGCCACUGAAACCCUAAUGUUCCCCAUUUUACCACCACACUGUUUAAUUGCUUGCGGAGAGAUAUUGCGAUCUUAUAAUUUUUAAGACUUUAAUAUUUAAGAAUAUAAAAAAGAUCCUAAGGCAUGAGCAUGACUGAACUGCUAGUAUAGUUUUAGUAAUUUACCUUUGAAGGAUGAUGCUACCCAAACCUCCUGUUACAAAGUCCUCCUCAACAUACCUUGACAAUUUACAAAAGACAUUUUGAAUUCAUAAUCUGAACAGGUUAACUAUCUUACCCCUUUCUUUUGGCACUGUGGUCAAAACCUAUAGUGAGUCACAUAUAGGUCAAGCCAUAGGAAAACAUUUGAACCUGUUGUCACUGCAACAUCAGCUCCUGUACUAAGUAGAAAUGUUUCUGAUACCACUGAACCUCCUGGGGGACUUUUCUACCACACUCAAAAGCCACCGUGAGUUGUUGAGUAUUACAAAAAAAUAAAAUAAAAUUGCAAUGUA